UUCUCUCUCUCUCUCUCUCUCUCUCUCUAAGGGGCAAUUUCCUCUAGCCCACCAUUCUGAAGCUCCCACCUCUUUUUUGCCUUCUUCUCCUUUUAACACAAUAUGUCUGAUCCCCACAGAAAUCUCAAUGUCCAAUUCCACCUCAAUUCCAAUCGUAUCCACCACUUUUCUACUCCUAAUUCAUACAUCUACAGAAACAGUCAUCAUCAAAUAUAUGAUCAUGAAUUAGGUGCAGCUCCACCUUGUUCACCGCCAUUGAAAGAGCCCCUCCCACUUCUCACACUGAUUCCGACCAGACGCGAGCAAGAUCUUGAACUCUCCUGCGCAGGAUCAGGAUCUGGUGGUGAUAAUAAUAUGCAGGUUAUGGAUGGCAGCAGCAAUGAGGAGGAUGUCACAGUUGCACUCCAAAUAGGGUUGCCAAACCCUAGUCCUGCUGAUCUCGCCUCUUUGCUGUCUUCUUCUUUAGGUCAUCAUCAUAAAUCAGAAGAUGAAGAAGAAGAGGAGUCGUCUGAUCUACGAGCAGCAGCAGCAGCAGGAGAAGGGUACCCCAACAACAUGACCAGCAGCAGCAGCAGGCUCAACAAGGGGCAGUAUUGGAUUCCUACACCUUCCCAGAUUCUCAUAGGUCCAACACAAUUCACUUGUCCUGUCUGCCUCAAGACCUUCAACAGAUACAAUAACAUGCAAAUGCAUAUGUGGGGGCAUGGUUCACAGUACAGAAGAGGGCCUGAAUCCCUAAGAGGAAGUCAGCCAACUGGCAUGCUUAGGCUUCCUUGCUACUGCUGUGCUCCUGGCUGCAGAAACAACAUAGAUCAUCCAAGAGCAAAACCCUUGAAGGACUUCAGAACCCUCCAAACACAUUACAAAAGAAAGCAUGGAAUCAAGCCUUUCAUGUGCAGAAAGUGUGGUAAAGCCUUUGCAGUGAGGGGAGAUUGGAGAACCCAUGAGAAGAAUUGUGGAAAGCUCUGGUACUGCAUUUGUGGUUCUGAUUUCAAACACAAGAGAUCCCUAAAAGAUCAUAUAAAAGCAUUUGGGAAUGGCCAUGGAGCCUACGGGGGAAUCCAUGAAUUUGAAGAGGAAGAUGAACCUGCAUCAGAAAUUGAACAAGAUGAUGAUUCAAUCCAUUAAAUCGUGUUUUGGCAUUCAGUUUUAGGUGUUCAGUUAUCCACAAGAAUCAAAUUAAAGAAAGAGAUUAAUUAGAAAGAGUAGUAAAGAGUGAAGUGAAAGAUGUGCUCCAGCCAAUGAUCAGUGGGGGAUAUAAAAUAAAGUACAUAGAAUAGAAUAUAUAUUUGGGGGACUAAUGUUGAAUACACAUUCAUAACCUAAUGGUAUCUUGCAAAUACACCAACAUUUGGGGUGCAUUAGAUACCCUUUAGUUGAAUGAGCUUGUAUGUGUAUAUAUAUAUAUAUAUAUAUAUGUCUGGUCAUGGAUGGAACAUAUACCUUAUCAGAUUCACUACCUUUAAAUAAAUGCAAAGCAGAUA